CACCGGGCUGCAAUGUUGCAUUCUGUGGUACGCGCAAGAGACAGGGCCCCGCCUCCCCACACAGACACAGUGACUGAUUAGAGGGUUCACGUGAAAGACACGAGGAAAACAAACACAUAUGCAAAUGGCUCUUAUCGAGGCCGGCAAAAUGAUUGAGCUCAUGUUAAUUUAUCGUACGAUUAAUUGAUUUAUUGAUUAUCGCGACAGGCCUAAUAAUAUGAUGGUGUAACAUGAGGAUACUCGGUGACAGGGACGACGCUCCUCUUUCCCUGCUGCAGAUUUGAAAAGCGGCGCAUGCGCAGAUUUAAUGAGUGAUGGACGGAGCGAUGCGGAUCAGAGGGCUGAGACACACACUCUCAGCUGUGCCCUGCUAAAGCUCUGCAGAACGGCGCACAGCUCUGUCAGGAGGGUCGUGGACCCAUAUUCUGCCAGCUGGUCCCGCAGCUGAGACACUGGGGGGAUCUGCAGAGGGUCCAGGACAUUAAGACAUAGUCCCUGCAAUACAUAACACGAGGUGAGCUGUCUGAAGACUCUCUGACGUCUCCAUGGAUGAAGAGCCCGUCAGCAGGAAUGAUGGUGUUCUGGACCUGAUCCCCACGCUAUCCCCGGGCUCCAGAGAGGCCGCCAUCGGCCUCACUCCCAACAACAGCAACAACAAUAGGACGGCGGGCGGAGGGGGCAUGGCGCCCAACCCUCAACCCACCUACCUGGACCGUGUGGUGACAGAGAUCAUCGAGACAGAGAGGACGUACGUAAGAGACCUUCGCAUGAUUGUGGAGGACUAUCUGGCCCACAUCAUCGAUGGGUGUGAGCUGAGCCUCCGACCGGAGCAGGUCUGCGCUCUGUUCGGGAACAUUGAGGACAUCUACGAGUUCAACAGCGAGCUGCUCCAGGCUCUGGACCGCUGUGAGAACGACCCGGUGGCCGUCGCCAGGUGCUUCGUGAUGAAGAGCGAGUACUUCGAGGUCUACACGCAGUACUGCACCAACUACCCCAAUUCCGUUGCAGCGCUGACUGACUGCAUGAGGAAUAAAUCUCUGGCUCAGUUCUUCCGGGAGCGCCAAGCGUUCCUGAAACGUUCGCUGCCUCUCGGGUCCUACCUGCUGAAACCGGUCCAGAGGAUCCUGAAAUACCACCUGCUGCUCCAGGAGAUAGCCAAGCACUUUGACCCCCGGAAGCCGGGCUCUGAGGUGGUGCAGGACGCCAUCUACACCAUGACAGGGGUCGCCUGGUACAUCAACGACAUGAAGAGGAAGCACGAGCACGCCGUCAGACUGCAGGAGGUCCAGUCUCUGCUGCUGCAGUGGAAAGGUCCGGAUCUGACCACGUACGGGGAGCUGGUUCUGGAGGGAACUUUCAGGGUCCACCGGGCCAAGAACCAGAGGACGCUCUUCCUAUUCCAGCGACUCCUCCUUCUGACCCGGCGCCGCGGGGAAAACUACGUCUACAAGAGCCACAUCUCUUGCUCCACUCUGAUGCUGAUUGAAAGUGCCAAAGACUCUCUAAGCUUCAGUGUGACACACUACAAGCAUCCCAAACAGCCUCACACUGUCCAGGCGAAGACAUUGGAGGAGAAGAAGCUGUGGGCUCAGAACAUCAAACGCAUCAUCCUGGAGAACCAUCAGGCCGUCAUCCCUCAGAAGGCUAAAGAGGCCAUCCUGGAGAUGGACUCCAUCUAUCCUCGGCGGUUCCGCUACAGUCCGGACCGGCUGAAGACUGCUCAGUCCGAGUCGACCCAUCCGAACCUGGAGAGAAGCAACGCCGUCUCAAAGGAGGCCGAUGGAAGAAACAGAGGAAAUGUCCAACUUCCUGAAGAGCCGUGUGAGCAGACCUUCACAGAGGAAAACCCCGACCCAGAACCCCCCUCUGGUCAGGACAACUCGUUCAGAACCUCAGAAGAUCUGAAUCCUGAGAGACCAGAGCCUCCGCCCUCGGCACCGGAUCCAGAUUCCAAACCUCCGAGCAGCGGGGAGUCCUCGGAGGAUGAGGAGGAAGUGAAGGGGACUCCGGGGGAAGGAAAUACCAGCAUCCUGCCUUCCUCGGUCCUGGACAAAGCCAGCGCCAUUGCUCAGCACUUCAACAUCAAGCGAGGCAGCUCGGCCCGGGGCCAGGACCGAGACACUCCUGACCGAACCCUGCGGCUCCAUAGCAACUGUUCCAGUCCAGCAGAGACCUUCAUCUCUGCAGACUUGAACCCGGCGUCUCCUCGGGAAAACAGGCGGAACUCGACCCUGUCCAAGCAGGACCAGCUGCUCAUCGGCAAGAUCAGGACUUACUACGAGAAUCAGGAUGCCAGCUUUAGCGUGCAGCGCAGAGAGAGCCUAACCUACAUCCCCUCCGGGAUGGUCCGGACAUCCAUCAGCCGGCUCAACAGCAUCCCCUCGGAACAGCAGACCAGUCCUGAGUCCGCCACCCCAGCAGACACGGCUCUCACAAUCUCUAGUGACUCUCUUGACUUGAUCAAGUCCGAUCAGAGUAGCACAGAUCCAGGUUCAGAGGAAAGGUCCUGGUCCAGAUCUGAGAGCCUACAAGAUGAAGUCUUCAGACCUUCUUCUGAGAUGAUCCGGGUCUGGCAGGCGAUGGAGGAAGAGUUCAGCAGAUCUACUGGAGUGAAGGAUCUGAGCCCCAGCACCAUGGAUUCCACAAGUCCUUCACCCCGCCAGGCCUCUGCUGUGAGCCGAACAGGAAGUCUGAAGUCCCUGAAGCUGUUGGGGGCUCCUCGGGGGGCCAACCUGCAGGACCAGACCAAGGACUUGACGAAGUACCAGACCAAGGACCAGACCAAGUACCAGACCAAGUACCAGACCAAGGACCAGACCAAGGACCAGACCAAGCAACUGCUGCAGGACCAGACCAAGGACCAGACUAAGGACCAGCUGCAAGUCCAGACCAAGGACCAGACCAAGCAACGACUGCAGGACCAGUCCAAAGACCAGACCAAGAACCAGACCAAGGACCAGAACAAAGACCAGAACAAAGACCAGAACAUAGACCAGUUGCAAGACCAGACCGAGAGCAAAGUCCUGCACUUGGCCCGGCAGUACAGCCAACGCAUCAGAACCACCAAACCUGAGGUCUGGCAGCGGGGACUGGAGAGCCGGAUCUGUGAGGACCAGGAGAUACCCAGUGCAGCUGAACCCCAGCAGACUCUGCAGGUAGGCUGGACCCGCCCUCGGACCCCCAGCCUCCCCGGCAGCUCGCUGGUCCUUAGUCCUGCCCCCCCCACCGAGGGCUUCCGCUGGCCAGAUGUCAGAGAGCUGCGAUCCAAAUACUGUGACAUGGGCUGCCCCCCCCAGGAGGACCAGAGGCCUGAGGCCGGUCGGAGGAGGUGCCAACCCCAGGAGAGUUCGACAGUACUGGAGUCCUAUAUGAGUUCUGGGGGCGGCCUGAGGAGGUGCUCCAGCCUGGCUGAGGAAACUGCCUUUGGCAGAAGGCAUCUCCAGAGAGCCCUGUCUCUAGACCCCCGGUCCCUGGACACCCAGUCUCUGGACCCCCUGCUGGGCUGCGAGACUCAGAUGGACCAUGGUGCUAACAGCAGGUUCUACAUGGCAGCCGAGGCGCCACUGCCCCACGACCCAGAGCACAAGAUCCUGGUCAUGGAAAAGCGGAGGGUGGGGGACGAUAGCUUGGUUCAGAUCCGAUCCCCCAACAGCAGGGAGAAGAUCUCCAUCAUGGCCGUCAUCGAGCGCUGUCGCGGCUACCAGGAUUCAGAGGAGGGGAAGGACAGACCAAACCAGAACCAGAACCCCGGCUCAGACCUGGUGAGGAACCUGAGGGCCCGCUUCCAGAGCCUGAGCGAGGGAACCUGAACGGGUUCAGGACAGGGUCUGCACGGGUUCAGAGUAACAGCUCACCCCCCCCCCAAGAGCUCAAAGCAGCUGGGACCUGGUCCACAGAGACCCCCCUCUCUUCAGCCCCUCGUUAUAACGCUCUCAGCUUCAUACACCUCCUAUAAAGCCGAGGACACACACUCUACACACACUGUCACACACACAUCAAUGUAUCUACUGUUUAUUUCUCGUGCUGUAAAUAAAAACACAUCUAUUAUCUGA